CUCAGGCUUCCGAUAGCGGUCGAUGCAGAUACCUACUAACCAAUCCACUCUUACUUUUUUGUGCCUCUUCAGCUCGUUGACCGUUUACCGACCUGACAGCCAUGUGCCAAAUUACCUUCAACCUUGACUGCAAGCUCGGCUCCUUUGGCCUGAAGCACCAGGGCCUGCUUCGUCUCCUUCUAUGGCUGGCGGUUGCCUCUGCCGUCAUCUUCAUUGGUGGACUGUCGUCCCUGCAGAACGAAUGUGCCGAUGAUGGCUUGUUCGCCGGGCACACUGACGGCCUCGACGGCGUUAACGGGUUCAGCGCCCAGGUCCUGACCUGCAAGAAGAUUUUCCGCUUCUACUGGUUCAUUGUCGUCUUCGAGUUUGUCAUUGCGGCUCUGGGCAUCUACGCCGUCUCCUGGUCUGGCAAGCUGGCGUCUUUCAAGUCUUCCCUUCUGGGCCUCUUCGUGAUUGGAACCCUGCUGUUCAUCUACACCACCGACGCUUUCCUGGGCCUGAUUGAGGUUCCCAGGUUCCAGUCCGAGACCCUUCGUGACCGCAGCAAGACCGCUGUUGCUGGUGCCAUCGUCACUGCCACGCUGAACGCGGUGAUCGUCUUCGUCACCGGCUACGAGGCCUAGAGCAGUGUGCUGGGGAUAUGCUCGUGACGGCUGAACAUACAUAUGAAAGGUUCAUGUGACCCACGGUUAAAGGGGUUUUGUAUUGUUGCCCUGACCGUAACCAAGUACAUAUGCGGAUUAAUAACUAGGACAGAACGGUUCCUGUCUUGUACAUAUCGUGAGCUUGGGCUAUUCAUCCAGUGUUACAUGACCCCAUGCGGUCCAUUCGCUGCUAAUGGCAGCUUGUAACAAAUGCUAUCAGUAAUAACAACACCAC